GGGUAAAAAAAGAUUCAUUAUCAAUUUUGCUUGGAUGAAUCAUCCACGACCAUUAUGUUUGUAGCAAAAAUAUGGCUGCAUCAUUAUCCAAUCGUUAUAGACGAAUUGAUUUGAAUGGAACUCUUAUGAUAAUAGCAACAAAUUUGGAUCCACCAUGGUGGUUUCUAAAAAAUCCUAAUGAUCUAACUUCUCAACUGUAUGAUGGUUUGUCAUAUCCAUUUCUUUUGUUUAUGGCCGAAUAUUUUAAUUUUAAAUGGAAACUUAUCGACCAAAAUGAUGAAUGGGGUAUAGAACAAUGUUCUGCACAAAAUUCUACCGGUGUAGUUGGUUCGAUUUUAUCGGGUAGAGCCGAUUUUGCAAUGGGAGGUGUUUCCAAUUCGAUUCAAUUGUGCAAUAAUUUAACUGAUGCAACAGAUUUUGUUCAAAUUUCUCGUAUUACAUAUUUGACACUGAAACCUGAAUCACGUUUUGAUCCUGGUGUAAUUUUUCGUCCAUUUGAUCCAAUAACUAGUUAUACCAUAGCUAUCACCUGUUUAUCAAUGAUAUUGUUGUCAAUCAUAUUGCAAAAAAUUACAAAAAUUCAUUUCAAUCUUUUUUGGUUUGUAUUUCAAGCAUUUAUCAAUCAAUCGAUCAAAUAUCCAACUAUCAAUUGGUUUGGGAUAAAUUUUUUCAUUCAACUUUGCUGGUGGUAUGGUUUGUUUCUGAGUGAAACAUAUAGUUCGGUAAUAAUUUCUAAAUUGACUGAUAGUCACGAUUAUAAUAUUAUAUCAAAUGUCCAAGAAUUCUCGAAAAUGACUUCCCAACAUCGAUUAAUACCGAUAAUGAGUGAAAAAUCAUCAUAUUUUCAUAUAUUUGAACAAUACAAAAAUGAAGACAAAAUUUUCAACAUUUUAAAUAAAAAUCUGGAAAAAACUGAUACUUAUGAUGAAGCCAUUUACAAAAUGAUCAAACAUCGUUAUGAUAUUGAAUUUGGUGUGGAAAAUUUUUCAAAAAUCCAUAAAUCACCAAUCUAUUCAGUUAUUGGAUCAUUCAAAUUUCUUAACAUGUUUGCCAAUCGUUUAGGUCCACAAUAUUUCAUUUAUAGUGAUGAUAUUGAAACGGCUUUUUUCACCGAUUAUUAUGGCCUAUUGUUUCAAACCAAUUCUACAAUGAUACCAUAUUUUAAUCGAUGUAUUAAAAUAGCACGUGAUCAUGGUUUUUUUGUCAAAUGGUUUGUACUUGAUCAACCAAUAUGGAAUAGAAAUUUUCCUGAAUUAAUUUCAAUGUUAUCACGUUUGAAUCAAAAUGGAAAACUUGGUGAUGCAUCCGGUAAUCAAUUGACUAUGUUAACAUUACAUACUACACAAUAUUGGUUUCAAACUUAUUUUAUAUGUUUAUCAUCACUUUUUAUUAUAUUUAUUAUUGAAAUUAUCUGGAAAAUUGCAAAUGUUUUCGAAUAA